AUGUCUGGAGCAGGGCCACGUUGCGGGCAGGCCUGGGCUCGACGCUCGGCGGCCACGCUUGCGCGCAGGCUGCGCAGGGAGCGAGCCCUGGAGCGGGACGGGGCCACGGCGACGGCUGCUGCCGCUGCUGCGGUGGCGGUGCUGGCUCCCCCCACGGACCUGGCGGCCGCCCUUGAGGAUCGCCUCGUCAGCCUCGGCAGGGCGCUGCUGCUGCACCACAGGGCUGACGUCGCCCUUGGCCGCCACAUGCAUCGGUUGGGCGAUGCACUGCGCGCGGUGGCCAAGACGCUCGACGUGGACACAGACUUCGUGCACAGAGGCAUGGAGAUAAAGAGCGACGGCGACAAAGCGAGGCACCAGCCGCUUCUUGCAGCGACGCCUUCGGCUGCAGUGGAUUGCGUGGUCGAGAUUUGCGUAGCUGAUGUUGUGGCGAGCACAGUCAAGGUGGAUACGGCUGGGCUGCCACACGGGAGUGUGCUGCGGGCGGAGGCGCCUGUAUUCGUCCCCCUCGGCCUCCUCGGCGCAAUCGCGCCCGACUACUGCGAGGACCAGGUGCCAAUCCAGCUGGAUACGGUCGCGCCCUUCGUCCAAGAGGGCCAGGCGACAGAGUGCGAGACGGGAUUCCAUGAGGAGUCCUGCGACGACGCGGAGCUCGACGUGACCAUCGAGGAGGACGGCGAUGCCACGGCCUGCACGGCCGAGCCACCGCCGCCGGCAGCCGCGUGCAGUGCUGCGGCUACUGCGCUGGUGAGGUUUCUGGCGCUGAUCUUCAAGGUCAGCCUCACGCUGAAGGGUUUCGCGGAGCUGUUCAUCUCGCCACUGGUAUUCCAGGUGCUGCUCAUCAGGAUGGGACCUGGGCACGUCGGCGACGACCACACGGGGUCUCAGGAGUUCGCCGACGGGGACGCCCACCUCAAGCGCGCUGCGGCCAGGCUGGCUGACACUGUGGCCGAGGCCGCGCGCCUGGCGCGCGCCGCGGCGGUGUCCUCCCGCCCUGCCCUGGGGUCAGAGGGCCCUGCGGCCACAUGGCCACUGCUGGAGCGGCAAGAUCGCCAGGCUGACGCGGUGCUGGCGGCCAAGAUCGGCGACCACACGGAGCUCAAGCAGGAUUUCAAAAAUGUGGUCACCGACGCCAAUGAGACGUGCUGGCAAGAAAUGGUCGAGGUCAUCCGUGGCCAUGCCAUUUCGACGACCUUGCCAGACGGCUCGCGCAGGACAUACCAGCAGCCCCGCGGGAUGCGCCACGCGGCGCUGUGCUAA